AUGUUCCAGAUUGACCCGACCUCGUUUGAAUAUGGUAUUGUUCGGGUUGCUGCUGUGAAUGCUGAUGAACACCAGAGUUUGGGAGGGCAGUUUGGCGUACAAGGCUUUCCCACCAUCAAGAUAUUCUCAAAGAACAAAAAGGCUCCAAAGGACUAUCAAGGUCCGCGGACGUCCCAGGGUAUUGUGGACAGUGCUAUGAAUGAAAUUAGGUCUGUCGCCCAAGACCGAUCGGGUGGAAAGAAGUCAGGUGGUGGUGGAGGAGGAGGUGGUGGAAAGGCCGGUGACCCCAAGGAUGUAGUGGAGUUGACGGACAGUAAUUUUGAAGAGCUGGUCCUCAAGAGUGAUGACCUUUGGCUGGUAGAGUUCUACGCUCCGUGGUGCGGACACUGCAAGAAUCUCGCUCCGCACUAGGCACAGGCCGCAUCCGAGCUGAAGGGCAAAGUCAAAGUCGGGGCCCUGGACGCCACUGUACACACAGUCAUGUCUAGCAGAUACGGAGUGCAGGGAUUUCCGACCAUCAAGAUGUUCGCGGCUGGGAAGAAGGAUGGUGAAGCAGUUGACUAUGAUGGAGGCAGAACGGCAUCCGAUAUCAUCAGCUGGGCCAAAGAUAAACUAGCAGAAAAUGUCCCUCCACCAGACUUGUAUGAAGCUCUGGCUGCUAUGAACUCCAGAAAAAUUAAAUAUUCCUGGCUCAAGCAAGCCUUUGAUGAGAAGGGUAUUACUGAGUUUUUAAGAGAAGUCCAGUAUGGUAGAGGUUCAACCGCCCCUAUUAAAGAUGGAAAAUUACCUGAAGUAAAAACAGUUGACCCAUGGGACGGUAAAGACGGCCAACUGCCUGUUGAAGAAGAUAUUGAUCUUAGUGAUGUUGAUUUAGACGAUAUAGGGAAGGAAGAGUUGUGAUGAAAUGUGGAUGUUUUGUAUAUAGAGUAUCAUUUAUUUUUAAGAAUACAAGAUUUGUGUGAAUGCUACAUUAGUAUUUGGGCAGUUUAUGUUUACUGACCACAAUGACUAACAGUUACUUCUCAGACAGUGUUUUAAAUCAAAUGUAACCCUUUUUUUUUUUUUUUCAUGAAACACAAAUGUUUAUUUUACUACAUGCAGUGUAUAUGCCUCGUCUUGUAGCCCUAGUAGAAGUUCUUACUAUGUUGUGUUAAAAUUGUUAAGCAAUGGCAGGUAAACCCUUGCUGUCACGUGGUCAUAAUUGUUUUUUUCGAAACCAGUGAAAUACUAAUUGCUCAAACCAAAAUUGCAUGAUAAUCGCUUUAAAAAGAAAAUCUCAGGUAAACGUUUAGUUUUUUCUUUUUGAAAGUUCUGAAUGUUUUUGACUUUAAUGUAUAGUGCAAUGGUUUACGCCAUUUUGAGACUGCCUUGGUUACAAGUUGUAUUUUUUAAAUAAAUGUUAAAAACUAAACAUACCUGAACGCCAUCACAUUUUUCCCCCAAUAACUAAUGUUUAUUCAGGUUUUGCCAGUUGAGUGACUAUUUCUAUGUUAAAGUAAAAUAAUAUUUUAAUCUACUACUGAUAUUACUCCCAAACCUAAUGUUUAUUCAGGUUUUGCCAGUUGAGUGGCUGUUUAUUCCUAUGUAGAUAUGUUAAUGUAAAUGAAUCUACCACGAACAUGGUCGUGUCUGAUACUAUUUGAAAGUUGACUGAAUGUUUAACCCUGUGCUGUCUCGACCAUCAAGUGAGAUGUGUGUUCAGUUGAUAUGUGAUAAUCACGGCCCAAGGGUUUAGCUUGUCAUUAUUUCAGUAUUGGAUAAAGCUGCAAUCAUUUCCUUAAAAUCCUUACUCCCAUGGAUUGGUUUUAAAAAAUCUUGGCUUUAGAGGAUCUUUUUGGGCUAAUGCCAUACAAAUUGUAUAUGUGUGACAUCAUCGGAGCAUUUGAAUGUGGACUCUCUAGUUUUAUAAGUGUGGUCCUUGGAACAAUUUUUGUCAAGUAUUUCGCAUUAAAAAAUCCUAUGUAUUGGUAAAUAAGAUACAUGAAAAACUUCACUACUAAUAAUCUCAAUGAUUUUCAUCUUUAUGUCACAAAGAUUGUUAUUAGGGCAUGUAGUUUAAUCUAGUUUGUUUUGUUUGGGUGGUUUACUAACAGUUGUUAAAAGCGAUGUUUAAAAAAAAAAAAUCAAUAUGUCCAUGCCUUCGAUGGACUUCUUCUGUCUAUUUAGAGUUAACUUUAAUCUUUACAGAGUAUUUGGUUUUGUGCAGGUUGCUAUCCAGACUUUCACUCAUGAUGGUCGGCUUAGGUCAGACCCAAAGGACAAACAUUGCGCUGUUAGCCACUGUCUGUAAUACUAUAAUAGUAAUGAAGUCAUGACUUUACAAAAUGGCAUGUUAGUUCACCACCCACAAAUAUCUAGACAGAACCCUUGACACUGCAUGUUGGAGUGCAACCAUCUUUGUCUGCCUCCAUUUGUUCUGUACUUCUUAACCUUUCCCAUUCUACCACCCUGUCGUCUCCUCCGACCCCAUCACCUUCCCUCUUUUUAACCCAUUUUCUACCAAGUACUGCCCUGUAAGUCCUUUUUCUUGCCCCAGUCUUUAUACACCUAGGAUGUAUUGCUCAUCGUGGUGAGUUUUAUCACAUAUUUUGGGAAACACUGAGAGAGACUUUAAACUAAAAUCUGUUUCACUGGUGUAACCCCCAACUAAGCAGCAACUCCAUUGAUUCCUUCGGACUUACCUGUAUUGGCUGUCAAACGGUUCAUUACUGUUCAUUGUUUCUUAUUUUAUUGUUAUAUGAAGACUUAAAAUGUUAUACAUGUAUUUGUAAACAUCUAUAGUCUGUCCCACGGGGAAUGCCUUUUUUCAUGCUAUAGAAUUUACUACAAGUUAUUUCUGAGC